CUUUUUCUUGACUCCAUACAUGAUGUCUUCUAAUAACCCCUUUUAUGAGCUUGCUCCAGAAAUAAAGGGUCUAUUAACCAUAGAAACGUUUAGAGAAAAUGUCUCUACAACAGACUUUAUUGAAAGGAUUUCGGCCAGUGUCCUUGAUCAGAUGAAAGAUGUCAACGGAAACUCUGUUGCUUUAGACCCAAAACCAUUUAUUCGGACAUUUGAAAGUGUCUUGGAAGAACUUCAACAGUUAAAGACACGUGUUCAAGAACAGUGCAGUGAACUUGAGAACAGUACUCAAGCAGCAGAACUAGAAUACAAAAGAAAUAUUACUGAUCUCCAUGGAGCAUUUGAAGAUGUUUAUCGUUCUUAUGAUAGUUUAGAAAGUAGGAUAGGUGAUGUUGGUAAAACUGCUAUUCGUAUUGGUGAGCAACUAGAGACGAUUGAUAAAGAAAGAUCAAAGGCAUCUGAAAGUCGAGACGUGAUUGAGUAUUUUAUGGAAUUUCAAGAGGGAAAUACUGAAAGAUUGGAUACAUUGCGUCAAGGAGGUGAAGAAGGUCAAUUAAAGGCUGCUAUUGUUGGAAGAAGAUUGAAUGCUGUAGCUAAAGAAGUAGACAAUGAUAAAGAAGCAAGAAUUGCUAUUGAAAAGUUUUGUGAAAGUUUUGAAAAAGAAAUUUUAGAAGAUUUUGACAAGGCUUAUGAGGAAGGAGAUCCUCGUAGUAUGGCACAUUGUGCCAAAGUCUUGUUUGAAUUCAAUGGUGGUGCCUCUUGUGUUCAAACUUAUGUAAAUCAACAUGAAUUCUUUAUGUCAAGCAUAAGAAUUGAAGAAAUGGAUCAAGUUAGAGAUUCUGAAGACCAUGCUGACUUGUCAAAUCCUAAUAUCCCACCUCCUGAGGUAGACACAAGUCUUGUUAAACUAUAUGAUGAUAUUCGCAUUACUGUACGCCGAGAAGCUGGUAUUAUUUCGAGUGUAUUUCCUCAACCAGCGACUGUCAUGCAAGUCUUGCUUCAAAGAAUCUUUGCUCAAUCGAUUCAAGAUCAUAUCGAACUCUUGUUGUCCAAAUCAAAAAAAUACUCUCCUUUAGCUUAUCUACGUACACUUUCUUCUACUCAUGCUGAAACGAAGCGUUUGAUUGAGAAUCUCAAGUUCUAUUGUGAUAAGGAAGUUUCCCUGAAAGAUGCAGCAGACGUCAAUGGCCUUGUUACUUCUACUUCUCCCGAUGAAACUUUAGAUAGAUGCAUGGAUGAUUUGUUUGUUCCUUAUACUGAAGGAGAUCGUUAUUUAAAGAAGGAGACUGAAUCCUUAAACGAGUUGUUUGGAAAGAUCGUAGCUGAAUUCCUUAGUGCCAUGCAACGACGCAAAAUGACUUCCACACGCAACCAGUCUGUAUUGGCUCGUACAUUAAAUCAGAUAUCUUCUUCUACAUCCACUGGUAUUUUGUCACCUUCUGUAUCAACACAAGCUAUUAGCGACAUGAAUAACCCGGUAUCAUCCCCAAACCCGUUUGAGAAGACGACUCGUGAGGAAGCUUCAAAUAUAGUAACAGUGGAUGAUAGCGGCUUUACUCUUUUGUCUAAAGACGCCAUCAUGCGUAUUUUAAAUAUUCAUGCUGAAGCCGUUAUUCGGUGUGUGGAACUACAAGAUGUUCAAGACUUAGUGACAUCAAUCAAACAGAUCUACAACGUACUUGUGGAUUUUAUUGGCCAAAAAUACCUUGAUAUUGCUAUUGAUGAGAUUCUAGACGACCUCAAUAAUCAAAAGGAACCCGAAUUAACUUGUUUCCAUGUGAUCAAAUCCUCCGCUGAUAUUAUUCGCUUAAUGCAGAAACACUUUGAAUCAGCUAUGUUACCACUUGUGGCAAGUGCCCCAUCCACACACCGGGAUGUUCUGAGUAUCAAAAAUACAUUCAUGGCUACACUAGAGCGAAAAAUCAAUAUUGUACUUCAAAAGAGUGUCGAGGGCAUCACUUAUUGGCUAAGUGAGCUAUUAAGCCAUCAAAAAAAGAAUGAUUUCAGACCCAAGGAUGAAGAAGGGGCCAUGAUGAGCAUGGGCACAUCACCCUGUAUGCAAUCUAUUGAUUUCAUCACCCGCGUCUACAGAUCUGCUGCUGAUUCACUUCAGGGAAAGAAUUUUGAAGCAUUCCUUCGACGUGUAGGCAAUGCAUUUCAUUCUAUGUUAUUGGAACAUUUCAAACGAUUUUAUGUCACACCAACUGGAGGCUUAUUAGUUACAAAGGAUAUAGCUAAAUAUCAAGAAGUGAUUCGUAUGUUCAAGAUACCUGCCCUUGAUGAACGUUUUGAAAUGCUUCGACAACUUGGCAAUAUUUUUGUAGUAAAGCCAGAAAUUCUAAAGUCUAUUCUCUCAGAAGGUUAUUUAGCACGACUUGAUCCUUCUGUGUUGUACCCGUACCUGGAAAAAAGAAUUGAUUUCAAGACUGCUAAACUGGAUCAAGUGCUGGGAAUUAGUGUGGACACUGAAGAAGCACAACAGAGUAACACAGCCAAGUCAAGUGGUGGUAAGGCAAUGACUCAAAGAAGAUCACUGUUUGUCAACGACAAUGAAGUCCUCAAAGACAUCAUGAAGAAUUAUACUCAUAACCGUGAUUUUUUGGCAGCUUUUAACUUGUCUUGAAAACUAGUUUUAGUUUCGGAGUCAGGUUUUAAAGAGGGAGUGAUUUAAUGAUGUAAUCUAAUACAAAGCUUAUAUAUUUUACCACUAAAGGAAAGCAUGUGUUUCUCGUAUCAAUGUUUUUAUAAUACCUUGUGUCACUGUCUAUCCAUAAAAUGGGCAUUUACAUUUCACCAUUUGGUUUUGUUUAAAUGGAGAGAGAGAGAGAGAGAGAGAGAGAGAGAGAGAGAGAGAGAGAG